AUGGCGAGAUAUCUUGUCCACGCGGGCGGCGUGUUUCGCCCUCUAGGUCGCGCUCUGUUACUUGCUGGGCUCAUUCAGUUUGUCAACCGCACUGCACAAUCCGAGGCAGCUCAGGCGAUGACUGAGAACUGCGAGAGUGGCGAGAUCCAAGUUUCGUUGACUCCCGGUAACCUGGCCGUCAAGCUAACGUGCUCGGGUAAAUCAACACUCUCUCCAAGUGAAUCCAAGGCACUUAAAUACUCGAAUGGGAAUUGCGAGGAUGGAGACAAGACAUUCGAUGAAUUGCUAGGAGAAGGUGCUACAGCGACCUGGAAGGGUUCGCAGCUGGAAAUCACAAAGCUACCCACCGAAGCAAAACAAAUAUGUUACAAGUGCAAGGAUGAACAAGCAGUCACCUGCACAGCGGUAAUCAACGUCCCGAGCCAGCCAAAAAGUUGUAAAACUGCGGUGUUGCCGAGCCGUAGUUUGAAAGCCGCAUCAGGAGAUCUCGUUCUCGAAGUAGACGGCACGGAGCCAGUUUACUUCACAUGUCCGGAUAGUCACACUCUGGAUCCCUCGGAAACAAACCAGGCAUACAUUGGAGCAGAUGAAUGUGGUACUUCACCAACUGCAAGAGAGGACUUGCAGCGGAAGGGAGAUCAAAGGAAGGCUUACUCGUUCCAGCUGACGAAAGAACCGACGAAGCAGGAAACGUUUUGCUACAAAUGCAGGAAAGCAAGGGGUAAGGCAGGCGACGAGUGCACGAUUAAAAUCAAAAGCGUAACGACAACCACAACAACAGCAACUGGAUCGUCAGCAGACGAUGAAUCUACGGAUUCAACUACUUCCGGAGCAGCGACAUUGAACUACAUCACUGGCCUCGUCUGUGCGGCUACCAUGUGGCUGGGCUACCUUUUGUAA